AUGAUUAUCUACAGGGAUAUCAUCACUGGCGACGAGAUCGUCUCGGACGCCACCAAGAUCAUUGACGCCGGCAAUGGCCUCUGGGAAAUUGACGGGCGCAUGAUCAAGAAGGGCCAGGAGAACUUCGUCCUUGAGGGUGCCAACCCAUCGGCCGAGGAAGAGGACGAGGGCGGCGCUGAUGAUGGCGGCGACAACCAGCCAGUCCUUGAUCUCGCGGACCAGUUCCGUCUGCAAAAGAUGGAGGGCGGCAUGAGCAAGAAGGCCUACCAGAGCGAACUUAAGAAAUACAUGAAGGCUCUUACCGAGAAGUUGAAGGAGAAGGGUGUUCCCGAGGAAGACAUCAAGAAAUUCCAGUCCGAGGCUCCUGCCGCAGCCAAGAAGAUCCUGGCCAACUGGGACAACUACGACAUCUACCAGGGUGAAUCGAUGGCCGAGAACGGCAUGUACGUUUUGGUUGACUUCCGCGAGGAUGGCAUGACCCCAUACGCCACCGUCUGGAAAUGGGGCUUGGAGGAAUACAAGGUGUAG